GGUCAUGACUGAGUACUGAGCUUUUACUCAUAGCUGCAGCCCAAUUCCCUCCUUCAGCCUCCGACUGCGAUGGCUCCCGUACAUUCCUUUAUUUUGCCAACUUUCCGACCCUCCUUUCUUUCUCUUAGUUUGAUUUUUGUCCUGCUAUCUGCGUUUUUUUGGAGUGGCCAUGCUUCUCAGGUGCCAGUUCCAGUCACCGUUCAGCAAGGAGGUGUCUCCGGAACCAUUGUUCAAGACAAUUUUCUCGGGAUAUCUUUCGAACUGUAUCCUUUUAAUACGCUAUGGGGGGAAUCACCGCAACAGAUGCCAACAGCUAUGGAAAAUUACUUGUCAAACCUGCGCGCCCGCAUCCACUUGCCCCUCCGAAUCCGCAUUGGUGGAAAUAGCAUGGAUAGUGCCGUCUAUGUUCCUACUCAAACUGAGAUGAUUAUUGUCACUGGUGAUCCUGCUGUCGACCCGGACGAUGUCCCCGUCGAUUUUGGGCCCAUGCUUUUCACGGUAUUGGACGCUAUGGAGAAUGUGGUCGGUCAAAUGGAGUUUAUCGUCGGAUUGAGCAUGCGGAGCUCCAACGACACAAAUGCCGUCGAAGUUGCUAGGGAUACAAGGAAAAUACUUGGAUAUAGGCUUGACGCGAUGUUGUUGGGCAAUGAACCCGAUCUGUAUGCCACCAAUGGAGUACACCCGGGGUACACCAUACCGGAAUAUAUCACAGAUAUCGGUACAAUGCUUCAGGAUUUGCGCAAUUCACCAUACGGUGAUCUGGUUCCCGACACUAUUGUUGGCGGACCCACUAUUUGCUGUGACUGGAACCUGUCGGAUGUCCUCGCUGCAGGCCUUUCAACAUAUCCUUAUAAAUACUAUACGGUGCAGCAUUACGCCAAGAGUAUCUGUAGCGGUCCAAAUGCAAGCAACCAGAAUAUUACCUACUUCGUUUCGCACGUGAACGUUCCGACGUACACUAACUGGCAAAAACAGGGGGUGCAAAUGGCAAGCGAUGCAGCGAUUCCGGUUCUCGUUACUGAGUACAACACCGUCUCUUGUGGGGGCUCGAAUAUCUCGGACACGUUCGCGGCGACCUUGUGGGCCAUCGACGCCGGGCUGAACUUUGCUUCGUCAGGCAUGAGCGGCGCUUACAUUCAUACACGGGAGUACGGCAUCCUUUAUAACCUCUUCGAUCCCCCGUCGCCGGAGACAUCGACCGAGCCCAACUGGCGCACAGGCUCACCGUACUAUGCGGCACUUUUCCUCUCGGAGACGUUCAUCGCAGGUGGAAGUGUAGUCGUCGAUCUCAAUCUCGACAAUUCUAUCUACGACCCUGCAGCUACAGUUGCUGGGUACGCAAUUUACGACAGGGCCGGGAUGAAAGCCAAGAGACUCGUUUUCUUUAACUAUUAUCGUGCCGACGAUGCAGGUUCAGAAUCAGCAGCUCGCAACUUCACGCUGGAAGGUGGCUUGGCCACUACUGCGGGGGUCCGGGUCCUCGCUGCUCCAAGCAUCUACGAACGCACGGAUAUCAGCUGGGCUGGCCAGACGGUUGGGCUGAAUGGAGAACUGGAUGGUACUCAGACCACCAAUUAUUACUAUAACUGUGCGAUGGGGUGCAACAUUACUGUGCCUGGGCCGGGGGCUGCUCUUGUUCUGCUCGAUGACGUCCCUGACGACUCGGAGUUCUUUAUUGGGAGCUCGACUGUAGCACCACUAAGUUAGAUUCUGGCACUGUCGACAUCGUUUGCACAUUUGUCCUUUUUUUGGCCUGCCGCGGGUUUACUGAAAUUACAUUACAGCACGUAAUCAUCCUGGCAUUCAGAUUUGACACGUUAACGAUUGGGUUAGAAAUAGCCCCCCACC